UAACUGGGAUGACACAUAUACACACGUCUAGCAGAAUGUUUUUCUCUUCAUUGCAUAAUACAACCCAAACUGUUGAUUACAAUGGAUAAGUACAAAUAUUUUCGAGUUUGGAUUCUAUUUUCUUCUGUUGUGAUACAUGUCCAUGCAUCAACUGUGAAAGUGGAAAAAGUAUACCUCAAUUGGACAUACUCGAACGAGGCAUGUGUCUUACUGGAUUUCCUUAGUGUGAAACCCAAUUUUAAGACGCUUGUGGCGGACAUGAAACAAAAUGAAAAGUACUGGAUUAAAGAUAAUGUGGUGGAAAGAAGCGUCGUGACCAAAGGUUGCCAGACGAAAGUAAACGUUUUGAAUUCGACUACAAUAGAAGACAAUAUUCUUUCAAAAUGCUUUCAAUUCUGCUCCGAAUCUAGCGACACAGUUGGGAUACAGGAAAACAACUGUUCCUGUCUUUCAAAUCUGAAUAACGGCUUCGAUAAUGUCUGUGAUGAUCAAUGUGUAUGGACGAACGAACAAUGUAAAGAAAUAGCUGCAUUUUCUGUUUAUGAAAGAAAAGAUUAUAAAAGCAUCCUGAGUGGUUAUCGUUUCGACCGUUGUAUUACCCUAUUUUACACCCAACAACUGUUUUGGACUAAAACUGAUUGCUCAAAGAAAUGUCACUAUAUAUGUCAAAAAAAUGGAGAUUUACUUGUAAACUCCCAAGAAGAGGUUACUUGGCUGGAGGCUGUUUCCAUAUGUGCUAGGAAUCAAUCAGUGUUGGCGAACAUUCUACCAGAAACUAACGUUAAAUUGCCCCGAAAUGCUAGAUAUCGUCUAUCGUAUUGGGUUGGAAUACGGCAACACUAUGAAACAGUUUCAGAUGAUAAAUCUGUAUGCCAUUACAUUGAGCGUUAUAAAGCAAACGAUAUUCUAUAUGGAGCAGAGACGUGUACGAAGGAGUUACACUACAUUUGUUUGAAUGAAGACACUACAUCCACAAGUAUGGUUAAACCAAGUGAUUCUACAACUCAACACCCAGUAUCGGUCACAAAUCAUCAAGGUAAAUCCUGCCAAUGGACAAAAUUGGUAUAUUUUAUUAGAAAGUGUUUGGCGUUAGAUUUUCUCUUUAAUUCAAAUUUGCAUUUAGAUGAUUUGAUUAUUUUUCACUGCUCUGAACAAUUAAAGGACAAAACGCAUGGUUUGAAAGGUUUUUUAGUUUUUAAUUAAAAUCAAUUCCUGAUGUGUUUAAUAACAAAACUGAAAUAUUUCAAAAUUCAACUGUAGCUAAUUUUAAAAGUUCUAAGACGAUGAUAUUCGAAUUCCGCGAUAUGCAUAUUUUUAAACCGAUUUUCCGCGCCAUUAUGUGUGAAAUCAUAUGCGCCCUUUCGAUCGUGGAAGUGUGUAGACAGCUGGCCCUUUUACGCGAUUGUAAAAUGUGGGAUUAUGUCAUUCUGUGCCGCCUUCGGUUGUAACAGUCGACAGAGGAAGGGAUCCAUGGUAAGUUUCUUUUUCACCUAUCCGAAGGAUGCGGUGAGGAGGAAGAUCUGGUGAUUUUCUGGCGCCGUGAGGACUUUGUGCCAACGAAGAACAACAUUUUUCCAAGGGCCAGUUAGAUAGAGAUUCAGAAAAGCUUCAGGAGAAUGGCUUCGCUGGAGCUAAAAUCCGACUGCGGAGCGAUGCUGUACCAUAUAUCCUUUUUGUAGUGCGUCAUCUUCAGGAUGGGAAUGUCACAGCCACAUUUGCAAAACGCCAGACAGCCGAUGUGUUUCAAAGAAGGUGGGCUCUGCCGCUAAUAGGCAAGACGGUGAGAUAUCCAACUCUGGGUGAUGAGUUCUGACAACCAUUGUUCCUGGGUGGCAGCCUCCAGUGGGGAUAGCGGAGACCAGAAGAACAGAAGUGGUCUUCCGUGGUGGAGCAUGUCACCAACAAAAAUGAUAAAUGUCAUAUUGGGGUGUUGACCGAGGACGGACAAUUUAUGAUAAGACAAUAAAGUAUAUACUUGUAUGCAAAGGUGAAGAUAACGAACAGUGAUCAAUCUCAUAACUCCUACAAGCAAUACAAUAUAGAUAGUUGGGCAAACACGGACCCCUGGACACACCAGAGGUGGGAUCAGGUGCCUAGGAGGAGUAAGCAUCCCCUGUAUGUAAAGUAAUGAAACAUCAUUGACUAUGACCAAUCAAAGGUGUUUAUUAAUAUUUGUAGAUUGAUACUGAUUAAGUCCAACCUAUAAAAUUUUACAGGUUUCGGUGCCCACAAGCUCUUCAAAGAGGUGGUGGAGAGCAAGUUCCUGCUAAAAGAUAUGAGGAAGUUAUCUCCCCUGCGCCAAACCUACAGCCUUGGAGGUGUUUCACAGUGUUGUGAACAGCUUUGCACCGAAGACCGCCAACUUUUUCUACCCAUUGAUAAUGCCCAGGCAAUUUUGAUCUUAUAAGAUGCAUUAAAUAAAAACUAACUAUGUUUAGAAUUUUUUAUUUGAUAUAUUGCAUUUAUAAUAGCUACAUGUAUAUGUUUGUUCAAGUCUGUAAAUUGUAAAGUCUUCAACAUAUUUUGUACAGAUUGAGUAUGACAGCUCUACACUUUAAUGAGCAUGGUCAGCGUGAACAGGCUGUGAUCAGAUCUAGGGAUUUACAGUGCCAGCUUAGCUAUCUGAAAGGGAAAAAGGGAGAAUAUGCAGAUACAUGACUCAAUGAGACUACAGGGCCAUAUUGUGGAUAAACCUUGUUGAACGGUGCAUGCAACUUCUCUCAUACUUAUUCGCUUGAUCACAUGGGAAAGUCAUCAUUGGAUAUCAGGCACCAUCCACCAAAUCGUCAUACGCUGCAGUUGUCAAGGACCAGCUGAUCAUCACAUGAUUGGGGAGGCAACCCUAACCAGCAGAACAAAGGUACUGAUAUCCGGUGUAACUUUUGAGGGACACUGCUGUCGAAUCCUGGAUAUCACAAACGCUGGAUUAAACUUCCGAUUGCCUCAUCCAAGACUGUGACAUACCCAUACUACAAAUCGUCGAUAGGCGAUGUGUCGAUAUACUCGGUUAAGAUUGAUUUCAUCAUUAUUUAAUUUGUGCUUGUACAAUAUUGAUUCUAUGUUUGGAUGUUUUUCUCUCUCCACUGUCAAUAUAAAAUCCUAUUGUAUACUUUCAAGCCUCUACAUGGAUUAGCUCCAGCAUAUUUCCAGGAACUAGUUCAAGUCUGCCAUCCAUAGCAACACUUCGUUCUGUGGAUUUAUUAUACUUUCUAAACCCACGUGCUCGUACUAAACUAUAUGGCGAAAGACGGUUUGAUGUUUGGUGUCGAGAGUUCAUUAGCUGCUUUUAAAACAAACUUAAAACAUCUCUAUUUUAUAUUUGCAUUUAAUUUGUAAUUGGGUAUUGGAUACAGUUAUUUCAAAUAAAACCACAGAACAACCCUCAGUUUUAGUAUUAUUUUAUGCCUUUUUCUAUAUAUUUAUUCUGCUUUGUUUUAGUUUGGUUUUAUUGUGUUACAUGUAAAGCGCCUCGGGGUAAUUGUCUUAAUUAGAUAAAGCGCUACAUAAAUGUAUAAUAAUAAUAAUGAUAAUAAUAAUUGAUAUCUUAUCAUUUGACAAUGGUGAAUAAUUUUUCAUUUUGUCUGUUAUUGUGAAUUAAUCACUGUAUUUGUAUAUAUUGUAUCUAUUUCUUAUUUAGUGUAUGGUAAUAUUCUAAGCACGAUUAAAAUGUGAUUAACUUC